CAUUCCUCCGUACAUCUUUUCGCAUAGGCAUUGGCAUUGGCUUUGAAAAACACAACAAACACAAUUCCACGUUAACACAAUAAGAAACCUCUUCCUCUUCAACUUUCUUCUUUAGCCAACCAAAUUAAUUACCAACACAAACAACAAAGAAAAUUUUCUUUUCUAUCAAACUCUGAUCAAUAUAUAUAUUUCAUUUCCAAAUUACGCCUUAGUUUCCUGAUCUUUAUAUGGAAAAUCAACAAGCACUCUUUCAACAAUGCCAGCUUCCCAUCAAAUCAAGAUUCAGACGAGUCUGUGUUUUCUGCGGAAGCAGCCCUGGCAAGAGCCCAAGUUAUCAGCUUGCUGCUAUUCAGCUUGGCAAAGAACUGGUCGAAAGAAACAUUGACUUGGUUUAUGGAGGUGGAAGUAUUGGAUUGAUGGGUCUGGUCUCUCAAGCUGUCUAUGAAGGUGGUCGCCAUGUGUUGGGAGUAAUUCCCAAGACUCUCAUGCCAAGAGAGAUCACAGGAGAAACUGUGGGAGAAGUAAGAGCUGUAUCAGGCAUGCAUCAACGCAAAGCUGAAAUGGCUCGACAAGCCGACGCGUUUAUUGCCCUGCCAGGUGGAUACGGUACUUUGGAAGAAUUGUUGGAAGUGAUAACUUGGGCUCAAUUAGGAAUUCAUGAAAAACCGGUGGGAUUGUUAAACGUAGAUGGAUACUACAAUUCACUCCUGUCUUUCAUAGACAAAGCAGUAGAUGAAGGUUUCAUAACGCCAGCUGCCCGUCACAUUAUUGUGUCUGCCCAAACUGCCCAAGAACUCAUGUGCAAACUUGAGGAGUAUGUUCCUAAGCAUUCUGGGGUGGCCCCUAAACUAAGUUGGGAGAUGGAGCAACAACUGGGAUACACUGUGAAGGCUGACAUUGCUCGUUGAUCUGAUCAAGUAAUUGAGUGACUAAUGACCGUAGAUAAAUGACAUGUUAUUCAUCUAAAAAAAAAUACGCCAAAAAAAAAAAAGAAAAAAAAUUUGUGUAGAUGUGAGGUCCUCUAGAAUAGGCAGUGUCACCACAGUUUAUUUUACUUUGCUGUGGAUCAUGUUUUCAAUCUCUC